GAGAAUCUUGAUUUGGUUAGAUCCACUAACAAGAAAGCCUUAUCUUACAAACUCGCUGUUAAUCAAUUUGCUGAUUUGACCUGGCAAGAAUUUGAAAGGAACAAGCUUGGUGCUGCUCAGAACUGCUCUGCCACUUUAAAGGGGAGCCACAAACUCACUGAAGCAGCUCUUCCCGAAACGAAAGACUGGAGAGAAGAUGGUAUUGUUAGCCCUGUCAAAAACCAGGGAGGUUGUGGAUCUUGCUGGACAUUCAGUACAACUGGAGCUCUUGAGGCAGCGUACCAUCAGGCAUUUGGAAAAGGGAUAUCUCUCUCUGAGCAACAGCUUGUGGAUUGUGCUGGAGCUUUCAAUAACUAUGGCUGCAAUGGUGGCCUUCCUUCUCAAGCCUUUGAAUACAUCAAAUCCAACGGUGGCCUCGACACAGAGGAAGCUUAUCCUUACACCGGGAAAGAUGGAACCUGCGAAUUUUCAGCAGAAAACAUCGGUGUGCAAGUCCUCGAUUCAGUCAACAUUACUCUGGGUGCUGAAGAUGAACUGAAGCAUGCGGUUGGAUUGGUACGGCCAGUAAGCAUAGCAUUCGAGGUUGUGAACUCAUUCCGACUUUACAAGAGUGGAGUUUACACUAGUGAUCACUGUGGAAGUACUCCAAUGGAUGUGAACCACGCGGUUUUGGCGGUUGGUUAUGGAGUUGAAGACGGUGUACCAUAUUGGCUUAUAAAGAACUCAUGGGGAGCUGAUUGGGGUGACAAAGGUUACUUCAAGAUGGAGAUGGGAAAGAACAUGUGUGGUAUUGCUACAUGUGCAUCCUACCCCGUUGUGGCUUGAGAUGAUCAGCAAAUGUGAUUGGUCAGUUAUUAAACUACAAAAUGUUCAGCAUAUUUGUUGGAUUAAGAAGACAUUACUUUUAAAGUUGGGACUUGGGAGUGCAUAUUGUUAUUAUGCUUGUUGUAACAUUAAGGUCGGUUCAUAUGUACAAAAUAAUGCAAAAAUCCAUAGACGUUAAAUUUAUAAUACAUGCAUGCUGGAUUCAGAACAUAUGUUGGUUUAGAGCAUA